CAGCAAAAGCCAAGGCAGCCAACAAAGCCACAGCCACCUUGGCUGUGCCUGGACUCUGCCUUUUGGGCAGCUCACCAGCCACUCCCCAGAAGCAGAGCAUUCUGUCCUUUCUUUUUAAAUCCACGUCAUCAUUUGAUCAUAAUGGAAAUCAAUCUCCUCAAGUCACCACGCAAAGGCGUAUCCAUAGCAACCACAAGAGGAAGGACACAGAAAUGAUGCUCCAGUGGCUGCAGCAGAAAAAGGUUCCGACUGUGGCAGAGCGUGUUAGCGAGCGUGGUGGAGAUGUAGAUUUUCUGCCCGAGACCGACGUGGCAUCCUUGGUCACCACCAACGCUCCCAUGGUGGGCCGGCGCCGACUAGCGCGGAGCCUACCCGAUGCAUGGUUCCCGCCACCGACCUUAAAGGCCGAUUCCGGUGCUCCAGCGCACCCCCAGCCGAGCUGAAGCUCACCGAGCCUUCGUGAGCCAUCGCCGCAGCGGUCGCUCCAACCCCGGGGUUUCAAGCAGCUUCCCAGCCUUGCUGCCGCCGCUCCUGCCUAACCGUCGCCCUAGCAACGGCGCCUAGCACGGAGAGGCUCACCCCUCGCAGGCCGAUUCGCCCCGCCCACAGUUGCCCUGGCAACCGCGCCGCGCUCUGUACGUUUGGGUUGCUCGGCCCCGCCUAUUGGCCGUGCGUACGUGCGUCGUCUCUAUGGUGGCGGUGGAUUCGCAGGGACCUCAAGAUUCCGCAGUCAGGCAAGCCGACCUGCGGGUGUGAACUCUGACCCUCGCCGGGAGCUUCAGGGUGCCAGCUGAAGGAAGAGGGGAUGUUCCGCCGGGAGCGCUCCAUUCCCCUUAGAGGUUCGGCCGCUGCACUGUGCAACAACCUCAGUGUGCUGCAGCUGCCCUCCCGCAACCUCACACAUUUUGGGGUAGUCCAUGGACCCAGCGCCCAGCUUGUCAGCGCUGCCCCUGAAGGUGUGCCCUUGGCCCAGCGCCAGCUCCACGCUAAGGAGGGAGCCGGAGUGAGCCCUCCGCUUAUCACCCAGGUCCAUUGGUGUGUCCUCCCUUUCCGAGUGUUGCUGGUACUCACCUCACAUCGAGGAAUACAGAUGUACGAGUCAGAUGGCUCUGUCAUGGUCUACUGGCACGCACUGGACUCUGGAGAUGCAUCGCCAGUACAGGCUGUGUUUGCCCGAGGGAUUGCUGCCAGUGGCCACUUCAUCUGUGUGGGAACAUGGUCGGGCCGGAUACUGGUGUUUGACAUCCCAGCCAAGGGUCCCAACAUUGUACUGAGCGAAGAGCUGGCUGGACACCAGACACCAGUCACAGACAUUGCCACCGAACCUGCCCAGGGACAGGACUGUGUGGCUGACAUGGUGACGGCAGAUGACUCAGGCUUGCUGUGUGUCUGGCGGUCAGGGCCCGAAUUCAAAUUAUUGACCCGAAUUCCAGGAUUUGGGGUCCCAUGCCCUUCCGUGCAGCUGUGGCAUGGGACAGUAGCAGCAGGCUACGGGGAUGGGCAGGUGCGUCUGUAUGAGGCCGGCACAGGAACUCUGCAUGUCCAGAUCAGCGCCCAUGCCCGGGCCAUCUGCGCCCUGGACCUGGCUUCCGAGGCGGGCAAGCUUCUCUCUGCAGCCGAAGACACCUUUGUACACAUCUGGAAACUGAGCAGGAGCCCAGAGAGUGGCUACACUGAGGUGGAACACUGUCAUGGUGAGUGUGUGCCUGACACCCAGGUGUGUGGUGCCCGAUUCUGUGACCCCUCGGGGAGCUCCUUUGCUGUGACUGGCUAUGACCUCGCUGAGAUCCUGAGAUUCAGCAGCGUGUGAGAGAAGAGCAGUCCUCCUUUCUCCCUGUGGUGUUUAUAAAGUACCCCUCCUCCCA